AUGGGUGUUAAUGAGCAUCAGACUCUCAACACACUCAGAAAUGAUACUGCCCUUCCUCCUGGCUUUGACAAAGAUGCUGAUGAAUACAGCUUUGGUGAUGUGUGCAAUGGGACUGAUUCGCUCCCCAUCAGUCAUGCUGGUGGGGAGUUCAAUGACCUCACAAGGGAUGUCCUGGGAGAUGUCUGGAAAAUAAAUGUGGCAUUCACUGAGCAGAUCCCCAUAAUGAGUGACAUGUACCUUGUCUGGAGCCUACAGAAAACAAGGAUGGGCUUCCAAAGUUUACAAUUAAUAUCACACAAGUGGCCGAUGACUGUUGUAGAUUCUUUCUCUUUGGCAAUCAUGUCAUUUGUUAUGCAGUUGCUGAAAAAGUGUUACUUCAAAUCUUGUCUAUGGACCAUACUAUUGCCUCCACACUUGUUCGCCAAGGAGUGCUACCUUGCUCUCUGA